UCUAUUGUUUCUGUCACUCCAGUCUGUUCUCUGCUACAACACUCUAAUCAAUGUUCUCUUGCUAUCACUCCAGUCCUCACGCAUAGCCUUUUGGUUAAGGGGAGUUUUUGAUACUGUGGUUGCAUAAAUAUUAACUCAACAUUAGCUGACUAAAUUGCAGAAGUUACAGGUUAGAAAUCAGAUUGGUUGAACAAUUCUAACCUCUGAUUUAUGGACGCUUGUUUUUUGAAAUAAGACCAUUGGUUUGGUCCUUCUACAUGCAGCCAUCUCUGGUCGAAAAUAUCAGCGAUAGGUGUCACACUGUUCCUAUGUGGUCUUACAAGGUUCCCCCCUAAAGUUGCCACCUUUGCCUGGCUCACUGGGAGGAAUAAAAAACUUACCAUUGACAAUCUUCGUAAGUGAUCCAUGGCUUUGCCGAAUGUGUCUCCUGUGUAUGAAAGCCGAGGAGUUGGUGGACCAUCUGCUCAUCCAUUGCUCGUUUAUCAGAAUUCUUUGGUCUGGUACUUGGUGAUGUUUGGAUGUUUUUUGCGUGAUGCCUUGCUCGAUUGACAGUCUGUUCUGCCCAUAGCAUGCUGAGGGAGGAGGCUGCUUGGGUAAAUCCGGAUGGAAGGUGGUCCUGUCCGCUGUCCUUUGGUCCCUUUGGAGUGAAAGAAAUAGGCGGAGCUUUCAGUAUCAAAUAGGGUCAGCUGAUGGGGUCCUGAGUCGGGUUCAUAUAUAUAUUAGGGAGUGGGUGCCCUGAUUGUGGGUCUGGGUUUUCCCCCCUUUUCUAGGCUUUUAGUUUUCUUUCUUUUGUUUCUUUUUCAUUUUUUUUUGUUUGUUUUUUUUUCUUUGAUUUCUGUUUUGUGUCUGUUGGGUUUUUCUUGUUUUUGUUUUCUUUCUGUUUUAAUAAAUUCAUCAUCUUUCAACAAAAAAAAAUGUUAUUCAUUUUUAGACAUCCAAUAAAUGUCCAUAAAUCUAAUAUUUCAAUUAGAGAAUAAGAGUGAUUUUUCGUGUAUGAUACAUCUGAACUAAUAUCUGUUGUUCGGUUUAUUUUGAAUUAAUUUAAUGCCACAUGUGAUUUCUCAGUGAUUUCUAACUGCCUGCAUAUCACUCAUCAGACUCUGCCAGAGCAUCAAAGUAUUUCUCCUUGGGCUAUUCUCCUAUGUUAGUUUUGCAGCAUCUAAAAAAUGGUCCUGACUCAUCUCCCUACACACAUCACAAUGAUGCACAGCUAUCUAGACCAUCCAAAUGGUGGGUCCCGUGUGAGUGAUCCAGGGUUUCAAUCCCUGGUAGUGUUUUACCUUUAAAAAUAAAAAAAAAUAAAAAAAAUCCUUACAUCCAAUUAAUGGCCAUCAAAUGGAUGGUUAAAAGGAAAAUGGUCAAAAUACUGAGUGGUGCGAAUUUGAAGGGAAAAUGAGAUGGGUAAUUUUUUUCUUUUUUGAAAGGUGAUGGAAAAAUGAGAUGGUUAGCAUUAACUUCUCAACAAUUAUCUGGUCAUGCUCCAUCCACAGUUGGCUCAAGUGCUCAACAAUUUGGAUGGUCUAGAUUUUUUUACAACUAUGCCAUGUGUAUGUUUGAAGAGCCGUCAUAAAAUUUUAAACGGUGCAAAACUAUCAUUAGAGUUUAUAUCCAUCUCAUCCAAGGUACUCCAUAAUGGGUUGUAAUGGCCACCACCGUUAUUGUUAUGAAUGGACCCAUAACAGCUGUUACGGCCUUUUUGAAAGAAAAAAAAAAAAACUGUUUCAGACCCGUUACGGACUAUUACGGGCCUUCUUUUCCAUAAUAGUUGUUAUGGCCGUUAUGUAACUGUUUUGGCCUACCAUGAUUUCAUUAGUGGAGAUGACAUGGUAGAGCUGGGAGCACCUUAGUAUGGUAGCACCAUCUAUCUCUAGUAUGCGUGGUAAGGUGAAAUGUCAUCUAGUGGGCCUAGUUAUGGAUAGCCUAUAUUUCAAAAAUCCUACUAAUAUAAAGACCAUAUCACUCACUUUUACUUAAUUUUAGGUAUCUUCUAUUGACUGUAACUAUUUAUAUAUUUUUGUGAUAAACAUAGAAUUAAAAUAAUUAUUUUUUCGACCUACCUGGUCAGAUCUUUUGGGUCGGGUGGGCAGCUACCUUGCCCAUUGCUACCCUUAACUCAAGCUCCUAUCCCAAGCUUUUGUUCUGGUAAGAGAUGAUGCCCUUCAAUGAACGAGGGUUUUCCUCCCAAUGAAUGUUUUGAAGCUUGGACCGGAUUCCUUCCAAUCUUUUUGGUGAUUCACGUCCAAAGCAGUGCUGCUACUAGGUCAAACUGUCUGCCAAUGAUAUCUUAUGUACAAAUAUCGCCUAAUGUAAUGACACAACAUUAUGCAAGAAUAUGCAUGUGGUAGAGUGGAUAGGAGCUUUGCUUCCUAGGUAGGGUCAGUGAUUUGAUCCCUGACCGAUACAUCUAUAGUUUAUGUAUUUAUCAGAACAGUUAAAAAGAAAAUCAAUCAAUUCACAAUGUAGUCCAAGUGGACAAAAAUUAACUGGCCCAGGCUAUUGGCCUGCUCAAAUCAUACAAUCAGAACAGGUUUGGUCUGGGCUAUAAAAUGGUGCUUCAUAUUGACUUCAUGGAUUUUCUUUAAUAAUCUAUGACGAUGGUCUCCUCUAUUCCUUUCAAGUAUGGAGAUCAAUUUCAUCCAUUGUAUGCAUGUUGAUGAUUUUGCUCCUGCCUCUAGCCAUUAUUGUAUGGUGGCAAAAUCUCCAGAUUACAUUGAGUGAAUUGGUGCCUUGCAUCCAAAAAUUUGUUGGAGUGGCGAUUUCAGAUUUUGAAAGAAAUUGAAGAUCAGCAAUUGAGGCGGCUAGCAGUCCAUCCAGAAAGUCCAUUAAGUGGGCACUUGGAUUCAGGUGUUUGGAAGCUUAAUUUGGACGGAUGCUCAUUAAGCAACUUGUGAAACUCCAAGGUUGGUAUAGUAUUUAGGAACAAUAAAGGAAAAGUGCAUUUGGUGUUUUCGGGUCCAUCUGGCGCGGAUAAAACCAAAUGAAGUGGAAAUUUGGGCAAUCGUAACCAGCUGAAACUAUCCUAUUGGCAUUUCAAAACUACAUCUUGAUGCUGGGAACUAGCGUAAUGAUUCCAUCAAUGCUUGUUCCAGCAAUGGGAGGAACCAAUGGUGACAAGAUACGCGUCAUACAAACUCUGUUAUUUGUAUCUGGUAUAAAUACACUUCUGCAAGCGUUGUUUGGAACACGAUUACCAACAGUAGUGGGUGGUUCUUUUGCUUAUGUUAUACCAAUCAUUUACAUUAUAAACGACUCAUCAUUGCAGCAAAUUCCUGAACCUCAUGAAAGAUUUAUACAAACCAUGAGAGCAAUUCAAGGAGCACUGAUUGUAGCAUCAAGCUUACAGAUCAUCCUGGGUUACAGCCAGCUUUGGGGAAUUUUUUCACGGUUUUUCAGUCCUCUUGGCAUUGCACCUGUGAUUGGACUAGUUGGUUUGGGAUUAUUUGAGCGAGGCUUCCCUGUGGUGGGGAACUGUGUGGAAAUUGGCAUACCGGCACUUUUGAUGGUCAUCGGGUUCUCACAAUUUCUGAAGCAUGUUAGGCCGGUGAAGGAUAUUCCCAUCUUCGAACGCUUCCCUAUACUCAUCUGCGUCACUAUCAUUUGGGCAUAUUCCCAUGUUUUAACUGCUGGAGGGGCCUACAGGAACAGUCGUCCCAUUACUCAGGGCAAUUGUCGCACUGAUAGAGCAUAUCUCAUAUCCUCUGCCCCUUGGUUCAAGUUUCCAUAUCCUUUGCAAUGGGGUGCACCAACAUUUGAUGCUGGCCAUACAUUUGCGAUGAUGGCCGCAGUCUUAGUGUCUCUGAUAGAGUCAACUGGUGCAUACAAGGCAGCAUCUCGGCUAGCAAUCGCCACCCCUCCGCCUGCAUAUGUUUUGAGCCGAGGCAUUGGAUGGCAGGGAAUAGGCAUACUUCUCGAUGGCCUAUUUGGAACAGGGACAGGCUCCACUGUGUCCGUGGAGAACGUGGGGCUUCUUGGACUAACUCGAGUUGGCAGCCGCAGAGUUGUUCAGAUAUCUGCUGGUUUUAUGAUUUUCUUCUCGAUCUUAGGAAAAUUUGGAGCUCUUUUUGCAUCUAUACCCUUUCCCAUAUUUGCUGCUUUAUACUGUGUGCUCUUUGGGCUUGUGGCAUCAGUUGGGCUAUCGUUCCUUCAAUUUACAAACAUGAACUCUAUGAGAAACCUUUUCAUCACUGGACUUUCCCUUUACCUUGGUAUAUCCGUUCCACAGUUUUUUAACGAGUUUCGGGCUUCAUCCGGCCAUGGCCCUGUUCAUACUAAUGCAGGAUGGUUUAAUGGGUUCUUGAAUACAAUAUUUUCGUCACCGCCGACCGUGGGAUUGAUAGUUGCAGUGCUUCUUGACAACACUCUGGAAGUGGAGAAGUCCAAAAAGGACAGAGGCAUGCCAUGGUGGGUGAAGUUCAGAACAUUCAGGGGUGACAAUAGGAAUGAAGAGUUCUAUACGCUGCCAUUUAAUCUCAACAGGUUCUUUCCACCCACCUAGUGAGCUCGUCUUGCAGCAAAGCACUGAGCCACUACUUUUGUAAUCUACGGAAACAAGCCCAUUUGAACUAGAUGAGGUAGUUCUUCUCCCUGGGGUUAAAAAUCUCAAGGAUGUGUUGGAACAUCUAAUCCACUACUAAUUCGACUGCCACCCUUUGUUGCUUAUGUUUUGAGACACUCUUGUAUUCUUUUGUGGUCAUUCCAUAAAGGUCGAAAGGAGGGUUUGCUUUGUAGGUUUUUGUUGUAAUAACUAAUAAGAGGAAGGAUAUCUACAAAUUCUUGGUGUUUACUUUUCUUUGACAUCUCUUGUUGAAACUUGGUUUGGUGGUAAUACUUGUGUGGUUGGGUCACUAGUUCAACUUCA